AUGAUGGACUCCAAUCAAGGUGACCGGGGGGACCGGCAUCUACUGCUGUUGUUUGUAAUUCUCACAGCUUGGGAGAAUGGGAGCGGCCAGGUCCGCUACUCGGUCCCCGAGGAGGUCAAACACGGCACCUUCGUAGGCCGCAUCGCCCAGGAUCUGGGGCUGGAGCUGGCGGAGCUGGUGCCGCGUCUGUUCCGAGUAGCGUCCAAAGGCAGUGGGGACCUUCUGGAGGUAAAUCUGCAGAAUGGCAUUUUGUUUGUGAAUUCUCGGAUCGACCGCGAGGAGCUGUGCGGGCGGAGGCUGGAGUGCAGCAUCCAUCUGGAGGUGAUCGUGGAGAGGCCGCUGCAGGUUUUCCAUGUGGAGGUGGAGGUAAAGGAUGUUAACGACAAUUCGCCUGUGUUCCAGGGAACACAAAAGAAUCUGUUUAUCGCGGAAUCCAGGCUGCUUGACUCCCGGUUUCCACUAGAGGGCGCCUCCGAUGCAGAUAUCGGGGCCAACGCUCUGCUGACUUAUAGUCUGAGCCCCAAUGAGUAUUUCUCUCUGGACGUACCAACCACCGACGAACAGGUAAAACCUCUUGGGCUUGUGCUACGGAAAUCUUUAGACAGGGAAGAAACUCCAGAGAUAUUUUUAGUGCUCACGGCCACUGAUGGAGGCAAACCUGAGCUGACUGGCACCGUUCAGUUACUCGUCACAGUGCUGGACGCUAAUGACAACGCCCCAGCUUUCGACAGAACACUCUAUGCGGUGAAAUUACCAGAAAAUGUUCCUAAUGGAACGUUGGUAAUUAAACUUCACGCCUCAGAUAUAGACGAAGACUUGAAUGGAGAUAUUAUUUACUCAUUCUCUAGUGAUGUUGCUCCAGAUGUAAAGUCUAAGUUCUACAUAGACCGCAUACAUGGAGAAAUUAUAGCAAUAGGACAUAUUGAUUUUGAAGAAAGUAAAACUUACAAAAUUCGAGUAGAGGCAAUUGAUAAAGGCUUCCUACCCCUGGCUGGUCACUGUACAGUACUUGUGGAAGUUGUGGACGCUAAUGACAAUGCUCCAAAGUUGACUGUCACUUCCUUGUCUCUGCCUAUCUCAGAAGAUGCUCAACCAGGCACAGUCAUAACCUUAAUAAACGUAUCUGACCGAGAUUCCGAUGUCAACGGGCUGGUUACCUGCACCUUGUCACCCCAUGUUCCCUUCAAGCUGGUCUCCACUUUCAAGAAUUACUAUUCGCUGGUGCUGGACAGCACCUUGGACCGCGAGAGCGUGGCGAACUAUGAGUUGCUGGUGACAGCGCAGGACGGGGGCUCACCUUCGCUGUCGGCCACCACCAGAGUGUUCGUGGAGGUGGCCGACGUGAACGACAACGCGCCAGCUUUUGCGCAGCCCGAGUACACGGUGUUCGUGAAGGAGAAUAACCCGCCCGGCUGCCACAUCUUCACGGUGUCUGCGCGGGACGCGGACGCGCAGGAGAACGCGCUGGUGUCCUACUCGCUGGUGGAGCGGCGCGUGGGCGAGCGUGCGCUGUCGAGCUACGUGUCGGUGCACGCGGAGAGCGGCAAGGUGUACGCGCUGCAGCCGCUGGACCACGAGGAGCUGGAGCUGCUGCAGUUCCAGGUGAGCGCGCGCGACGCGGGCGUGCCACCUCUGGGCAACAACGUGACGCUGCAGGUGUUCGUGCUGGACGAGAACGACAACGCGCCCGCGCUGCUGCAACCUAGGGCGGGCGGCGGGGGCAACGCUGUGAGCCAGCCUGUGGCACGUUCUGUGGGUGCGGGCCACGUGGUGGUGAAGGUGCGCGCGGUGGACGCGGACUCCGGCUACAACGCGUGGCUGUCUUACGAGCUGCUGUCGGAGGCGGGGAGCGUGCGCAGCCCAUUCCGCGUGGGGCUGUACACGGGCGAGAUCAGCACGACGCGCGCCCUGGACGAGGCGGACGCGCCGCGCCAGCGCCUGCUGGUGCUGGUGAAGGACCACGGCGAGCCUGGGCUGGCGGCCACGGCCACCGUAAUGCUGUCGCUAGUGGACAGUGGCCAGACGCCGAAGACUCCGUCACGUAUAUCGGUAGGGGACAUGGACCCAGAGGCAGCGCUGGUGGAUGUGAACGUGUAUCUGAUCAUUGCCGUCUGCGCGGUGUCCAGCCUGUUGGUGCUCACGCUGCUGUUGUACACGGCGCUGCGGUGCUCGGCUCCGCCCACCGAGGGCGCGUGCGGGCCAGGGAAGCCCACUCUGGUGUGCUCCAGCGCGGUGGGGAGCUGGUGGUGCUCGCAGCAGAGGCGGCAGAGGGAGUGUUCUGGGGAGGGCCCGCCGAAGACCGACCUCAUGGCCUUCAGCCCCAGCCUUCCUCAGGGCCCCAGCUCUUCAGACAACCCACGACAGCCCAAUCCUGACUGGCAUGGUCUUCCCGUCGAUAGUUCAAGUUUGCCAGCUCUGUUGCCUCAUAUAACCCCAUUCGAAUGCUCUGUGCACCUGGAGGAGGCUGGCAUUCUACGGGCUGGUCCAGGAGGACCUGAUCAGCAGUGGCCAACAGUAUCCAGUGCAACACCAGAACCAGAGGCAGGAGAGGUGUCCCCUCCAGUCGGUGCUGGUGUCAACAGCAACAGCUGGACCUUUAAAUACGGACCAGGCAACCCCAAACAAUCUGGUCCCGGUGAGUUGCCAGACAAAUUCAUUAUCCCAGGAUCUCCUGCAAUCAUCUCCAUCCGGCAGGAGCCUACUAACAGCCAAAUUGACAAAAGUGACUUCAUAACCUUCGGCAAAAAGGAGGAGACCAAGAAAAAGAAGAAAAAGAAGAAGGGUAACAAGACCCAAGACAAAAAAGAGAAAGGGAACAGCACGACUGACAACAGUGACCAGUGAGGUCAUGUAAUGGAAACAAGCCACUUAGCCAGUUUUUGUAAUAAUGGCAAAUCCUUCCCAUGUAGCAACGCCCUACUCCUUUCUCCUAUCUACGUGAGCCCUCUCUUACUAGACCUCAGAAAUCUGCAGAAAGUUCCCUGUGUCUGUCUAGAUCUCAUUUAACGGGUUUUGUCUUAAAAGCUUUACUAAGUCUGGUGUUAACUCUUUUCUCCACUCUGGCUUGUUUUCAGAACCUAAAAAGCAGACCCAAGUUUCCUUUCUCCUCCGCCGAAAAGGAGAGGCUUCCCAGCCCCGCCAGUGAGAGGUUGGACUCUCUGCCCUGUGCUCCGGGGAUCCUGUCUUGAUGACACUUACAGGGCAGGCUGAAAGGUUUUGAGAUUGAGCAGCUUGGGUAUCUGUGGCCACUGGGUAUGUGUGGCUACUGGGGGUGUGUGAGUGUCAGAUGUUGGCUGGGAUGGGCCAGAUUAGUCUAGCUGGUGCAAGGAGGGCUGGGAAACCAAGGCAAAUAAACAGUGGGAGUUACCAGACUGGAGGGGGAAUGUGAAAUUUAAAAGGGACCAGACUUUCUAAAUCUUACAACUCAAGAGGCGGUGGCCACCCUCUAGCAGACAAAACCACCUUCACUGACAAGGCUUUAGGAGUCCCUAAAGUCUGUUGGCUGUGAUGUCACUAUACCUAAAACUCACAUUGUAUCUACAAGCCAAUAGCUCAGUGUUUAACAGGGGCAAGCCAGGGCGACAGAAGCAGAUCUGAUGUGUUUCCUGUACAUGUCCUUGUGCUCACUAUAUUAAAAAUUCUUUUGCACACAAUGUUUGUGAAAAGGCCAGAUCCUUUUCCAGCAACACAUAUGCAAAAGCUAAAGAGAAAAAGAAAACCCCAACACCUCACUUAUGCUGUUUGUUGUUUGAUAGAUUUAUUUAAGAAAGAGAAAAUCUAUAAGUAUAAAUCUUUAAAGAGAACUAUGAUGAGAGCAAUGCCCCUAAACUCCCCUUAAAAGAGAAUUCAGUCGACAGCCAUUUAAAUGAUCAUUGCUGCUACAGAAGUGCUUUAAGAGAACUGCCUGAAACAUCUGUAUUAUACCGGCCACCUGCCAAUCACAGCUUUACUCUUUCAGGUCACUCUGAGGCUGCCUCUUGCAUGUAUUGAUUACUAAAUAAAAAAAUCUUUCUCUCUCUCUUUUCUAAGAAACAAUUAUGUGCACUUUGAAUACACAACCUUCUCUAGCUAACUAUAUCAAGACCCAGAAAUUGAAGGAAAAUAUUGUUUUCUCAUAUGUACAGUGAGCAGACUUUUCAAUCUAAUUCUGUGAUUUGUCUUGGUGUGCGAGCCUCCACCUUCGCUUUGGUUUCGUUUACCUUUUCUAUUACACUCUGAAUUGCUAAUCUUGCUAACACCUAUGAUGUUCCUGAAAUCAAUCUCCCAUAUGUAUGCUGUAUGCUAUUAUAAGACUCCUGAAAUAUACUUACUCUGUGCUUGUGUAUGUGAAUGUUAAUGCAACUAUUACCUAGAGUGAACUUUAAGCUUUACUGUUGAAUGUAAUUCCAUUAUAUUUCCUUUUGUACACCUGUGAAAAAGUGGAGUAGCAGUUUUUUUAAACCAUUGUUAAUUUAAUCAGCUUUUGUGUAUGUAAGACACAGUAAAAUUUCUUUCUUUAAUCAA